AUGACGCUUCAGGCUCUUAUAGACACACAGCGUCUCCAGACCAAAGUUUUUAAAAUCAGUCUGGUAAAGAGCUCCAUGCUUAGAGCAGCAGUGUCGUCGUCCAGUGCUGUUCUCACCUGGAUAUCACUGGGACCAGAGCACAUAUACUCCGUCCUCACCUCUGGGCUGCAGUUGGUGGAUGUGUGGGAGACGGCUGCUCACCUCAGCUGGGAUGCUGACGCGGCGAAAAUGACCAAUGGCAUGCAGCUCUCCCUGCACUACCAAGAGCCUGACUCAGCAGAAUCCACAGCAAGCCGCUGGCUUCCAUACUCCCCCAUACACACCCCGCUCCAGGCACAGGGCAGGGUCACGGUGCUCGGCCUGUCUCCUGGACACGCCUACCGCUUCGCUCUGAGGGCCACACACACCACAGGGGCCUGGCAGACACUUGGCCCUCUUCUCACUCAGAGCCUCAACAGGGAACUCUGGGUAAACAGCUCCCUGUGUGCCUCACUGAGCAUGCUCACAGCAGGGGAGACCUACGAAGUGGGCGUGGCUACAGUGAGGGGCGGGAACAAGAGUGAGGAGAAGAGAAUCCGACAGACCUUACAGCCGGAGGGAGUCCUGUUCGCCAUGCCGUUCUCGGCACACACACACUCCGUGGUGCUGUACGUCCAGCUUCCCCUGACCAGUGUUUACGACGGCGUCUGUGUGAGCCACGGCCACAACAGCUCCUGGAUGCCCGUCAGCAGGGGCGAUGAUAAGGUUACCGUGGGCGACCUGAGUCCAGGCUCAGAGUACGACCUCACUGUGUUUGUGACCAGUGAAGAGAUGACCAGUGAUGGGCAUGUGUAUGAGGGCAGUGUGACUGACUCGUCAAUAGAGAUCCUCUGGGAUCCUGCAGAUGGACACACACAAAGAUAUGAGGCCAUGUGCUUGGACUGCACCGACACCGUUGUGGUGCAGAAGGUUCUGGAGGAAAGAGCAGUGUUUGGAGGCUUCAUCCCUGGCCGAGUGUUUAACUUCUCUGUGCGCUCUGAGAAGGAGGCCUACAGAGACAGUCCAGCAGUCUACAUCUCAAUACGGUAUGCACUGAGAUCUGACCCAAAGACCUCUCGUGAUGCACGUAUCCAUGGGAACAGCAUCAGUUUGAGGGACCUGUUGCGAGGAAGUGAUUAUGACCUCAGCAUCAGGACCAUCCUUGGAGAAGACAUGAGUGACACGUUCUCAACACGCUUCAGUACACGCCAGUUUGACUUCCUCAGAGUGGCCAUAAGCAACCGCUCGGCCUUCUGGGAGCUGCGAGUUGGACGUGGAGGUCAAGAGGUCACCGUAGGAGGUCUGAGGGAGGGCUGCCCCUACAACGCCACUGUGGAGCGGGCAGACGUUGGUGGUCUGACUCCAGGGACCUCUUACUCAGUGACUCUGAAUGCAGUGUCCCCCUCCGCCAACAGUGCGCCAGUCAGCCGCAUUGUCACCACCAACGCCUCUGCUCCAGCUGCUCCAUCUGAUCUUGAGGGGGAAAGGGUGGGGUCUAAUGGAAUCCUCCUAUCAUGGAAAACCCCACACGAUGACUCCAUCCAAUCAUUUGUCCUCCAGUACAAGGAGGUGUGUCCUCAUCCUGAUGCCGCCUUCACGGAGCUCACCAGGAGUUUGGACAUUCCAGAAUACCUGCUGAACACACUCAGUCCUGGAGCUACCUAUAAUAUCAAGGUGGGCUCUGAGAAUCGUGAUGGGAUCAGAUCCUUCAGCAAAUCCCUCUUCAUCAAGACCUCUGAGGCUUCCCCUGGUCUGGUGACAAACCUGACUGCGGUGCCAAACAACCACUCCUUUGUGAAGGUGACUUGGUUCCUGCCCAAGCGCAUCAAUGGUCUGAUCACCAAGUUCGCAGUGAAGGCCAAACACGCCCGCACCGGACAGACCGUGGAGACACUAGAGGUCAACGCAGAGGACAUUAUGACUGGUGCCCUGCCUCACUGCAAUGACGCUGCUGACAUCUUGUCUCGUGGGACGCCCAGUCCAGACGAGUCUCUGUCGACCUCGGCGUCGGUUCCCCCGGUAACGCUCUCAGCCAUCCCGCCUGCCUCCAGCUGGAGUGUGCCCAUCAGUGUGGGCAUGGCCAGGCUCCGCCCAUACACCGCCUACGUGUUCGAAGUCUCCGCCUUCACUAGUGAUGGGGAGGGCCAGAUCGCCAGCACUAUGGCCCGCACGCCUGAGUCAGCUCCAGAGGACCCCCCUGAGAAUCUGAUGGUGGGGAACGUCACGUCUCAGUCCAUCUCUCUGUCCUGGGAAGCUCCCGCCAUCAUCACAGGACGCUUCAGCUACGUCUUGGAGCUCUACGGACCCACAGGUUUCAUCUUUGAUAACAGCACCGUUGAUCUGAAGUUUGUUUACUCUGGCCUGACUCCGUACACACUCUACCGCAUCAGCGUGAGAGCCAAGUCUGCUGGAGCAGUGGGGCCAGAUGCAACGGAAUUCGUACUCACUGCAGCUGAGGCUCCCAGUGCUGUGUCCCAGCUGAGUGCUGAGGCUGAGGACUCUACAUCUGUGCGUUUGUCCUGGAGAAUGCCUGCUCAACCAAACGGACCAAUCAUACGCUACCGCAUACGUGUGCUCUACAAUGACCUCACAGUACAGGACAUCACACUGCAUGGUCUACAGGAAAGCAACGGGACUGAUGAUGCCGAGGGUAUGUCAUCACGGCGUCGCUAUGGGCGAUCAGCUGACUUCACCACAGCAACCCCUGUGUCUGCGUUCACGCUUUCCGCCGUCCCCACGCACCUCCACACCGCUGCCUUGGGUCUGACCAGUACCUCCAGUGAGCAGUUCUCAGAUGCUCCACCAGAGGUCACUGCCACUGACCCCAACACUCAGACCGACACUAACCCCACCUUCACGUCUGACCUGUCACUCUCCUCCGUUGCCCCGCCUUCUCCCCUCCCCUGGCUCACCGUAACCCCUGACACCACCGCUGACAGCUCGGAGCAGAAUGACACUGACCCCAUAACCAUGACAGCGCCCUCCGACCUCUCACCCUUAACCUCAGGCACUGAUGAGCAGCACACCAACACAGGCGCUACUGCUUCAGGCCACACCCUCCAGACCCGGGCUGCCACACGAGCCGCAGUCACUGGGGGAAUCGAAGUACUGCCAGCCAGUGAGGAGGUGAUAGACCUUUCUGAUGAGAUGCUGUACCUGGUUGGGAGCCUGAGGCCGUUCACAGAGUAUUCCUUCAGUGUGUCUGCAUAUACAACGGUGGGAGAGGGGCCUGAGACACACGUCUCAGAGACCACCAGAGAACAGGUGCCCAGUUCGGUGCAGGCUGUGACCUAUGAGAACGUCACCUCCACCUCCAUCAUGGUGACGUGGGAACCGCCGCUCCAACCCAACGGCCAGAUCACACACUACACCGUCUACAGCCUCGACCUCAACACACAGCAGACGCGCACACACUCCACCAGCAACACCAGCAUCCUCAUCACAGGCCUGGAGAAGUACAGUGGCUAUAAGCUACGAGUGGCAGCCUCUACUAUGGUGGGAGAGAGUCCUCUGUCUGAAGAGGAUGACAUCUAUGUGAUAACACUUGAGGAUGAGCCUGACUCACCUCCCCGUGACCUGACGUUGGUGGAGACAACUGCAUCCACAGCAACUGUCUCCUGGCAACUGCCGGAGAAGCCCAAUGGCAUCAUCCGAGUGUAUGAGGUCUCCUAUGGCAUCGUAUCCUACACACACACAUUCAACACCACGUCCCUGAGCGUCACUUUGCAUCAUCUGAGGCCUUACACAUACUACAACAUCACAGUGCGCGCAUACACACUCCAUGGACACGGCGACCAGGUGUCCAAUACUCUGCAGAUCCUGUCAGGCGAGGAUGUGCCUGGUAGCCCAGCGUACGGGCUGUCCUACGAGAGCCUGAGCCCCAGUGAGGUGAACGUGUCCUGGGCUCCUCCUCUGCAGCCCAACGGCCUCGUCCUGCUCUACCACGUGGAGCUGUGGAACGCCACGCACGCGCUCAACCUCAGCACGCCGGCGCCGCACCUGCUCCUGACCAACCUCCGCAAGUACGCGCGCUACCGCCUCAGCGUGAUGGCCGCCACGCGCGUGGGCACGGGCAACUACAGCAGCGAGAUCCUCAACAUCACCACCCUGGAGGACGUCCCCAGCUCUCCCCCCCAGUUCCUGCUGGCAAGGAAGGUGUCCGACUACGAGGUGCUGCUCACCUGGACUGCCCCGAUGGAGGCCAACUCAGAGGUCCUCUACUACGUUUUCGCGUCCCUUGUGUCGGCGUCGUGGUGGUUGGUGUCGGGUGUGUCUGUGGGCGUGAGCUACAGCGUGUGGCUCACCUCCAGCACGGCAGCAGGGGACGGGGGUGUGGCCAGCCCGCCAAUCAACGUCACCACGCUGGAGGAUGUGCCGAGUGGUCCAAUCCACAACCUGUCGGCUCAGAUCUUCAGUUCGACGACCAUCAUCGUGAGCUGGGACCCACCCGUGGAGCCCAACGGGCGGGUCUUCUACCAGCUGACCCUGCAGGAGGCCGGCACCACCCACCCGUCAGUCAACCGCACCACCAACCGCACCAUCAGCAAGACCACCACCGACACCGUCUACCUGUUCACCAAGCUGCGCAAGUACUUCCCUUACGUCUUCAGGGUUACCCCGGCAACCAGAGCUGGAGCCGCCCUCAACUAUACCAGCAUGUUACAUGUCAGGACAGAUGAAGAUGCUGCCAGUAGGAAUCUGUCCUCCUCCUCCAUCUUGGUGCGUUGGUCGGCCCCAGCUGAUCCCAACGGCGAGAUCAUCGAGUACGUGGUGGUCUUACAGGGCCUGGGGCUCUACAACACCACCUACACCCCCAACACACACCUGACUCUCACACACCUCACGCCGUACACACCCUACAACCUGUCCGUCGCCGAUCAACCGCAGGGGCAUGGGCCCCCCUCCCUCAUGCUGGACCUACACACAGACGAAGCAGGUCCGAUGUCCCCUCCUCGCUCUCUUGAGAUAUUUAACCACACGUCUGACUCUGUGUGGCUGCACUGGGAACCCAGUCUGGAGCCUAACGGUCAGGUGCAGCACUAUGGGUUCAGGAUACUCGACCUCAGUACAGACACGCUCACCUUCCAGAAUUCCACAGGUCCAUCUACGCAGGCUGAGUUGUCGGGGUUUAGGCCCCACAGGAUGUACGAGAUCACUGUGUGUACAUACACCAGGGCAGGCAAUGGAGACCAGUACAGCCUACCUGUGAUAUUCACUACAAAUGAGUCAGCCCCUGGUCCUCCAGGCGCCCUGCGUGUGGUGGACGUGCAGCCCAGCUCAGUGACCCUCUGGUGGGCCGCUCCGCCUGUACUGUCUGGCCGUCUGCAAGGCUACCAGCUGGAGGUGCAGCUACUGCUCCAGGGCUGUGUGGAGGGCCAGGGGGACCAGCCCCAGGACCAGCCCCAGCCAGGGGCCUCGUGCCUGGACACUGAGGUGCUGGUGUGGACCAACGGCACUGGGGGCAACGAGACGCUAACGCUGCACUCGCUGCAGAAGUACAGGCCGUACCGCUUCAGGGUUGCGGCGUAUACCAGCGCAGGGAAGGGAGAGCCCACGGAGUGGGUGCACACACACACCGAGGCUGGAGACCCUGAGGCCCCUCCACGCUCUGUUGCUGUGGUUCCUUCCUCUUCAGCUCUGAGGAUCCAAUGGGAGCCUCCGGCUGUCAUCACAGGCCCCACCUCCUACCUCAUCCAUGUCAGCUCUAUGGAUGGCACAGAGUUAAACCGGACUGUGGUGAGACGGCCAGAGGAGGUUCGGACAGUUGUCGUUGGCAACCUGACUGCGUUCACCCUGUACUCGGUCACUGUUCUGGCGUUCACCGGAGAUGAGACUGAGGCAGGAGAGAAUGGACAAGCCUCCGAACCAGUGCUGAUCAGAACUCUAGAGGAGGAACCCAAAGACCCUCCUAAGAACCUCACUCUGAUGGUUCUUCCUGAGGAGGUGACGCGUGUGAUGGUGACGUUCUCUCCGCCGGAAGAACCCAAUGGCAACAUCAGUGCGUACCGGGUCAGUGUGUUCCGGAACGGCCAGCUGGAGUUCCACAUCGACCAUCUGAAUGUGAUCAUGCACCCCAACCACUCAAUGAGCGCUGUCAUAGACGGACUCAAGGGAGGACACAACUACAGCAUACGGGUUUCUCCACCCAAGCCUACCCGUAGACCCCAGCCAGCCCUGGACAGGGGAGGUGUGGUCAUGUCAACUGCCAGAAGGAUCUUUAUCCAGAUGCCUGCGUGUUUCUUCAGUGAUGACCAUGGCCCCAUACGCAAAGUACAGGUCAUUGUGUCUGAACCGGCAGUGAUGGACUCUAAGAACCUGAGCAGCUGGAGAACAGUGUUCCUGCACCAGCCUGCUCCGUACGUGACGGACGACGGCUUUCCCAACCCCGCCUGCACAGAGGAGGAGGAGCGCCUGGCCCCCAACCCCAACGCUCACACACUCACACACACCUACAUCAUCGGAGACGACGAUGGGUUUAAAUUCCGUGCCACCAACAUCCAAGGCCAGUACACAGACUCGGAGUACUCAGAGCGAGUACGCACUGCAGAUGAUAACGUGUUGACUCGCGAUGAGCAGAUUAUCAUGGGUGUGCUGCUGUCCUUCUUCCUGGCCUUGUUCCUCAUCCUCCUCAUCUACGCCUCAGUGCGCAUCCACCAAAGGAAGUUGGAGGGCGGGACUUACUCCCCUCGAGAGGCAGAGAUUGUCGACACCAAGUUCAAGCUGGACCAGCUCAUCGCUGUGGCUGACCUGGAACUCAAGGAGGAAAAGAUAAACCGGCUUCUCAGUUAUAGAAAGUCUCUCAAGCCGGUCACCAAGAAGGGCUUCCUUCAGCACGUGGAGGAGUUGUGUGCCAAUGACAACGCCAAGUUCCAGGAAGAGUUCUCAGAGCUCCCCAAGCUGUUGCCAGACUUGGCAACAUCAGAUGCUGAUCUGCCCUGGAAUCGUUCCAAGAACCGCUUCACCAAUAUCAAGCCCUACAACAACAACAGAGUGAAGCUGCUCUCUGAACCUGGCAUGCCUGGAUCUGACUACAUCAACGCCAGCUUUAUAUCGGGGUACCUAUGUCCCAAUGAGUUCAUAGCGACUCAGGGUCCUCUGCCGGGCACUGUGGCAGACUUCUGGAGAAUGAUCUGGGAGACGAGGACUAAGACCAUCGCCAUGCUCACACAGUGCUUUGAGAAGGGACGGAUUCGUUGUCAUCAGUACUGGCCGGAGGAUAAUAAGCCAGUGACCGUGUUUGGGGACAUUGUCAUCACCAAACUCACAGAAGACGUGUACCCGGACUGGACCGUCAGAGCACUGAGAGUGGAGAGGCACGGAGACUACAUGGUGGUGCAUCACUUUAACUACACCUCCUGGCCUGAGCAUGGCGUACCAGAGUCCAGCACCACGCUCAUCCAGUUCGUCAAGUCCAUCCGCUCCAACCGCGGCCAUGACAACACCACCAUCGUUGUGCACUGCAGUGCUGGCGUGGGAAGAACCGGUGUGUUCAUAGCUCUCGAUCACCUGAUCCAGCAUGCGCGGGACCAUGACUUUGUGGAUAUCUACGGCCUGGUGGCAGAGCUACGCAGUGAGAGGAUGUGCAUGGUGCAGAACCUGGCCCAAUACAUGUUUCUCCACCAGAGCACUUUGGAUCUGCUGUCCAGCAAAAGCAACAGUCAGUCCAUCUGGUUUGUCAACUAUUCAGCUCUGGAAAAGAUGGACUCGCUGGAUGCUAUGGAAGGUGAUGUUGAGUUGGAGUGGGAGGAGACGACUAUGUGAUUGGCCGAUUGGUGAAGAACUGCAAGGGCUAUCUUAACUAAAACAUGCCAGACGCCAAGUACAGUAAGUCUAAGGGGCAUUCACCAACCAAAGGCAAAAGAGGCAAAGCAUGGUCAGAAUUAGGCUGGACACCUGAAUCUACUGAGUAGACUGGAUGUAUGAAUCAACAUGAGGACUUUCGGACACUGGGGCCAAAUACAAUGGAGACCACAGCGCCGAAACACACACACACUCACACAUGUACUCAUUUAGGUUCACACAAAGAUACGGUCAUACAAACACACCCACACAUUGUCUUAUCCAUGCAUGUAUGCUAACACAGACACACACAGGUGACUGUUGGCAUAAACAGGUACAUGACUGUGGGUGACAAAUUAUGUGUGCACAGCCACAAAUAGAUACUUCCUUUGUGGGGCCAGACCUUUAAAACCAGUGGUGUCACACACACACAUACACACACACACACACACACACACACACACAUACAGAUCCUUACAAUUUCAUGUCACCAUUUCUAAGAUGAGAACAUGUAAAGAUAUCUGAGGAUCUGGCUUUAUGAAUAUCUGGACUCUCUCUCUGUCUCUGAUGUCUACUUGUUUAAUGUUUUUGUUUUUGUAAAAUAACUUAUUAAGCCAAAUGACUGCUAUAU